AUGGGAGGCGGCCCUCCUGGGCAGGGCGGCAAAGAUGACAAGGACAAGAAGAAGGAAAAGCCAAAGUACGAACCUCCUCCACAGCCAACCACCCGCAUUGGACGCAAGAAGCGCAAGCAAGCCGGACCAAAUGCCGCUGCAAAGCUGCCCACAAUCUAUCCUACUGCACGAUGCAAGUUACGGUACCUGAGGAUGCAGAGAGUGCAUGAUCAUCUGCUUCUGGAGGAGGAAUAUGUUGAGAACCAGGAACGCAUACGGAAGACCAAAGCGGCGCAGACACAAGCACCAUCCGCCGCCACAGAAGGCGCAGAGCUCGACCGGAAUGCCGAUGAGAGAAGUCGGGUUGAUGAUAUGCGCGGCAGCCCUAUGGGCGUGGGCAAUCUGGAGGAGCUUAUUGAUGAUGACCACGCCAUUGUCUCCAGCGCUACUGGCCCCGAAUACUACGUUUCCAUCAUGUCCUUUGUCGACAAGGACCUCCUCGAACCCGGUGCUUCGAUCCUCUUACAUCAUAAGUCCGUGUCAGUCGUUGGUGUGCUGACGGAUGAUGCCGAUCCUCUGGUUUCCGUCAUGAAGCUGGAUAAAGCUCCUACGGAAUCAUAUGCAGAUAUCGGUGGUCUGGAGUCCCAGAUUCAAGAAGUCCGAGAGGCAGUGGAGUUGCCUUUGCUCCAUCCGGAGUUGUACGAAGAGAUGGGUAUCAAGCCUCCGAAGGGUGUCAUUCUCUACGGUGCACCAGGAACAGGGAAGACAUUGCUUGCAAAGGCCGUUGCCAAUCAGACAUCAGCUACUUUCCUGCGCAUCGUAGGAUCCGAACUGAUCCAGAAAUAUCUGGGUGACGGACCACGAUUGGUUCGACAACUGUUCCAAGUUGCCGCGGAGAACGCGCCCAGUAUUGUCUUCAUCGACGAGAUCGACGCCAUCGGCACCAAGCGAUACGAGUCGACCUCUGGUGGUGAACGUGAAAUCCAACGGACCAUGCUUGAACUCUUGAACCAGCUUGACGGGUUCGACGAUCGAGGAGAUGUCAAGGUCAUCAUGGCGACCAACAAGAUUGAGACUUUGGACCCUGCACUGAUCCGACCGGGGCGUAUCGAUCGUAAGAUCCUCUUUGAGAACCCGGACCAGAACACCAAGAAGAAGAUCUUCACGCUGCACACCAGUAAAAUGAGCCUGGCCGAGGAUGUGGACCUUGACGAGUUCAUUGCGCAAAAGGACGAUCUGAGUGGUGCUGAUAUCAAGGCGAUAUGCUCCGAGGCUGGGCUGCGAGCACUCCGCGAACGACGCAUGCGCGUCAACAUGGCCGACUUCCGAAGUGCGAGGGAGAGCGUCAUGAAGACCAAGAGCGAGGGCGAGCCGGAGGGUCUGUACUUGUAA